AACACUCAAAAUAAGAGAAUAAUUCCCUUAUCACCUCCUCCAUUCUUUUCCAUUCUUUCCUCCUUUUCCCAAAACCAAUUAUAAACCUUUCCACUUGCACUUCACUUCUCUCCUAGCUAAGCAUACAACAGCAAUUACACCCAUGAAUCUUAAUCAAACUUCCCCACAUAGCCUCACAGAUGAAGAAUUCUCAAAGCUCCAACCCAUCAUCAAGACCCAUCACACAUUUGAACCUUGCCCUAACACAUGUACUUCUCUCUUAACACAACACAUAGAAGCCCCAGCUAGCAUAACAUGGCCUUUUGUACGUGAUUUUGGGAACCCCCAAAAGUACAAGCACUUCAUCAAAAGUUGUACUAUGGUUGGUGAUGGAGAAGUAGGAAGUAUAAGAGAUGUUAGGGUUAUUUCAGGUCUACCAGCUUCAACAAGCACAGAGAGAUUAGAAGUUCUAGAUGAUGAGAAGCUUAUUUUGAGCUUUAGUGUUGUUGGGGGUGAACAUAGGUUACAUAAUUAUCGGUCUGUUACAUCGGUGAAUGAGAUUAUUAACAAGGAAGGCAAGGUUUAUACAAUAGUUUUGGAGUCUUAUACUGUGGAAAUACCUGCGGGGAACACUGCUGAGGAUACUAAGCUGUUUGCUGACACAGUUGUGAAAUUGAACCUUCAAAAGCUUAAGGAUUUAGCUAUGGUUUCUUGGAACAUCAUGAAAGACCCUCCUCAUCAGCAAAGAUAUGAUGAUCAACAGUGAUGGCAAUGUGGUGCACAUGGCUCAACUCUCGAGUAGGUUCAUUAUGAUGGACUUAUUCUUGUAGCGUAGCGUGGUUACGUUGCUAAUACUUGUUUAUUUUAUUUUGCAAGUUGGAAUACAUAAUUUUUUUUUUCUUUUUUUGUUGUUGGGUCAUAUAUAUAUUUCAAAUUUUCAAGUUGGACUGGCUU